GAGUUCAGUCUGGUUCAGUUGUGUGGCUUGGUAGGAGCUGACAGAAGUGACUGUGUUUGUUGCUUCACUUGGCCUAUAACUGUGGCUGGAGCCAUGGGGUUUCUUUUGGGAUGGUUGCUGUUGUCCUUGCUAGCUAUUGGAAGACAAACAAAUGCUGAUGGUAUUGGAUCUGCUGGGAAGUAUGGAGAUAAUGAAAUGCCAGUUGGAGGCCAUCGACCAGAUUCAAGUGGCUUCAACACUAGAGAUGGAUUUUCAUGGAACAAUGGACCACUUGCUAGUGGUGGUUCAACCUCAAAUGGAAAUAAGCCACAGGUAGCAGACUCUGGAUAUCAACCCCAGCAGCCUAGUUAUCCGCCCCAGCAGCCGCAGGUGCCCCAGCAGCCUAGCUAUCCGCCCCAGCAGCCUAGCUAUCCGCCCCAGCAGCCGCAGGUGCCCCAGCAGCCUAGCUAUCCGCCCCAGCAGCCGCAGGUGCCCCAGCAGCCUAGUUAUCCACCGCCCCAGCCGCAGGUGCCCCAGCAGCCUAGUUAUCCACCGCCCCAGCCGCAGGUGCCCCAGCAGCCUAGUUAUCCACCCAAGCAGGUGCCCCAGCAGCCUAGCUAUCCACCCCAGCAGCCGCAGGUGCCCCAGCAGCCUAGCUAUCCACCCCAGCAGCCGCAGGUGCCCCAGCAGCCUAGCUAUCCACCCAAGCAGGUGCCCCAGGUUCCCCAGCAGCCUAGCUAUCCACCCAAGCAGCCGCCCCAGGUUCCCCAGCAGCCUAGCUAUCCACCCCAGCAGCCUAGCUAUCCACCCAAGCAGCCUAGCUAUCCACCCAAGCAGGUUCCCCAGCAGCCUAGCUAUCCACCCAAGCAGCCGGAGCCACAGGUUCCCCAGCAGCCUAGCUAUCCACCCCAGCAGCCAGAGCCACAGGUGCCCCAGCAGCUUAGCUAUCCACCCCAGCAGCCGCAGGUGCCCCAGCAGCUUAGCUAUCCACCCCAGCAGCCGCAGGUGCCCCAGCAGCCUAGCUAUCCACCCAAGCAGGUGCCCCAGCAGCCUAGCUAUCCACCCAAGCAGCCGGAGCCACAGGUGCCCCAGCAGCUUAGCUAUCCACCCCAGCAGCCGCAGGUGCCCCAGCAGCCUAGCUAUCCACCCAAGCAGGUUCCCCAGCAGCCUAGCUAUCCACCCAAGCAGCCGGAGCCACAGGUGCCCCAGCAGCUUAGCUAUCCACCCCAGCAGCCGCAGGUUCCCCAGCAGCCUAGUUAUCCACCCAAGCAGCCGGAGCCACAGGUUCCCCAGCAGCCUAGCUAUCCACCCCAGCAGGUUCCCCAGCAGCCUAGUUAUCCACCCAAGCAGUCGCAGGCACCCCAGCAGCCUAGUUAUCCACCCAAGCAGCCGGAGCCACAGGUUCCCCAGCAGCCUAGCUAUCCACCCAAGCAGGCGCCCCAGCAGCCUAGCUAUCCACCCAAGCAGCCGCAGCCUCAGCCGCAGGCGCCCCAGCAGCCUAGCUAUCCACCCAAGCAGGUGCAGCCGCAGGCGCCCCAGCAGCCUAGCUAUCCACCCCAGCAGCCGCAGGUGCCCCAGCAGCCUAGUUAUCCACCCAAGCAGGCGCCCCAGCAGCCUAGCUAUCCACCCCAGCAGCUGCAGCCACAGGUGCCCCAGCAGCCUAGCUAUCCACCCCAGCAGCUGCAGCCACAUGUGGUCCAGCAGCCUAGCUAUCCACCCCAGCAGCCUAGCUAUCCACCCCAGCAGCCUAGCUAUCCACCCCAGCAGCCUAGCUACCCACCCAAGCAGGUGCCCCAGCAGCCUAGCUACCCAAGCUACCCACCCAAGCAGCAGCCUCAGCAGCAGUUGUCCCAGCAGCCAAGCUAUCCGCCCAAACAACCCCAGUCCCAGUGGCCAAAGCAGCCCAGCUACAUGCACAAAUGGCCCAAGCUGCCUCAAAGGCUUUUCUACUUUCCCAAGAUGCCCCAGAAGCCACGCUACCAGCCCAAGCAGCCACGCUACCAGCCCAAGCAGCCACAGAGGCCACAGGUGCUCCUGCAGCCACGCUACAUGCCCAAGCAGCCUAAAGUUUCACAGCAGCCACGCUACAAUUAUCCAACAUUUGCCCAAGGAGUGGCUCCCCAAAUGGCUUCCAAUGGGCAUCGCAACACUGGAGGUUCUUCAAAGACUGCUUUCAACUGAGCCACUGUCACUUGUCAAUUAAAACUGAUCUUGUGUCCUUCA